GAAUCAAAGCAAAAUGCCCCUGACCAAUGACCCACCAACGUUUGAGGUUGCUUCCCUCGAUCUAAUUCCAUCUGAAGAAGAAAGUGUCGAAAGCAACCAGCUAUCCUACGUCGACAGUAAUCGUGAGCAGCAAAGUUUGCAUCAGAUGCCAGCUGAUAAUCACGUACUGAACCCGUCGACCAUGCCACUUCUCGAACCACAAUUGAACUGGGAGCCGCCGCAGUUACAGUUAGAAAACCUGCCAAACCCUGAAUUAGACUUUCCCCUGCUUCUUGAGGGCUCUGACAGGCUCAUCCAACAAUUCGAGGACACGGGUUUCGAGGACAAUUCGAGCUUCCUGCAGAUAACUGAAAAUAUGCCAUUUUUGGGGUUGGGAGACGGCACGAGCAGUGUGAAGAUUGAUGAAGGCCAUUCUGCUGGGGCUCCUGACAGCUUCUUUGAUGAUUUUCCAGUUGACAUGUUUGAUUUCAUGGAGCAACCGCAGCCACUGCCAACUCCACCGGGCGCGUGUGGCAGCUUGCUGUGUCAGAGAUGAAAACGGGACGGGCUUGGAUUUCAUGACGAAGAAAUGGUGUUUGUUAUUCUUUUCGGAACUGAACUGAUUGGUUUUUAUGGUACUGAUGUUAGUUUUCGUGCGA